AUGCCUGAUUCCAAGAUAGUCUCGCGGGCGCUUCUCGCCGCACUUGCACUCCCCGCCCUCUCCGCCGAGCUUCCCCCAGGCACCAUCGCCGUGCCCAUGAUCCGAGACGCGGAUCUCGCCGCAUACUACGCUGAAUUCCACGUCGGCACGCCUCCGCAGAAGGAAUGGCUCAAAGUCGAUACUGGCAGCCCACGAUACUCCUUUCUUGACCCACGCAACCAAGAAUGUGUCCUAGAUGCAACGGCAUGCAGUACUUAUGGCACUUUUGACAACUUGACCUCUUCAACUUGCCAUUAUGAAGGGCCUGGGUUCUUCGAUGCUCUCUACGCAUCUGGAACUGGCGAUUACCUCAAUGACACCUUGGUCCUGGGCGGCGUCACCCUGCCCAAGAUGUAUUUCGGGUACACGUCCCAGUAUCCAUUCCUCGGACGAGUUCCAAAACCAAUUGGCACUAUUCUGGGCUUGUCUCUUGAAUGUGGAGGGCAGGGACCUGAAUGCAUGGACAAGGGACCAUACCUGCUACCACAGCUGAAGAACGCCUCACUAAUUGACACCAUGGCAACAAGCUUCUACCUUGGGCCGGAUGAAUUCAACGUCACCAAUGCCCAGAUGAUCAUUGGUGGCGCCUACGACAAGGCAAAGGUCGGCGGCGACAUGAUCACGCUGGACAUGGUAGAUCCAUUCUCAUUUGUACUCUCCAGCGGUCAAACUAACAAUGUGAACGUCACUGCACUGGAGGUUGUACUUGACGGCGGCAAUCGCACUUCACAAACCUUUGGAGAAAGUGGUGUUGGUGUCCCCGUCUUGAUCGACACGGGCGUUGCAAGCUGGUACGUGACUAAGACCAUCUUCGGCGCUGUCUCCUACGCAUUUGGCAUCACCGACUCGGCCCCACCUGGAAAACAGGUGGUCCCUGUCGACUGCAUAAACCGGGACCCCAACCAUUCCAAGGGCUACAUCUCGGUCGAAUUCGGCGCUAGUGGCAAGAUUGACGUUCCGCUGCACGAAAUUGUCACUCUGUUUGCUGAUGGCACAUGUGGCAUCUUCAUGCACCCUCGCGAAGAGUCCAUUAGCAUAUUUGGAGACCCAUUUAUGCGUGCAGUUUACACAAUCUUCGACCAGGAGAACAAGACCAUCACAUUCGCCAGAGUAAAGCACACCACUGAGCAAAACAUUGUGCCAUUCCCCAAGGGAGGUUUCAAGGUCGGCUCCAAGGUCACUUCCUAG